CUAGACUCAUGCUAUCUACUCUUUCUGCGCCAUAUGUGUUUCCAGAAAUUGACUGGCAGAGCAUGCAAUUGAUCGACCUGAGAUGAUUUCAAUGUAAUUCAUUCCAUCUGACAUCCGCCACAAGACUCUCAGCUCGUCCCCAUCUCUUGUUCUUAUCAACUGAAGGUGUCAAACAUGCCCUGGAAAAGAGGCUCGUCCAAGGCCAAAGUAGAGGAGAGGACAAAUUGUUCUCAACCACCAAACCCGCCUGCAAUGGAGACACCCUGCACUACUAGCCUGGAUCAAGCCUCAUCUCCAGCUGCCUAUAAUGAUAAUUCAAUUCCAAAUUCGCCGCCCGUUCGUUCCUCAUCAGGCUCAUGGGAAGACUUGGCCUCAAUAGCUCAAGCACUCAAGCAGGUUACAAAACAUCAUGAAAAUCUCGGUAGUCGGACGUGGCAGCGAAUGACUGUGAGAGCAAAUGACCUUGGUCAUGCUAUGACAAACAAGGUUCUCUCCAAACUCAAUAUCGUCAUCACAUCCAUAGAUGAGGAACAGUUCAAUGGAAAUGAACACGAUUUAGAAAUAAACGAUCAAAUAAGAUCAGAGUCUCCACCUCCGCAAGCAGAAGACCCUGGCAGUUUUGAAAUACCACACAGCUCAGGCACAAACUACUUUGCCAAGGUCUCUUUAUACAGAAACUCCAAGCUUCCUGCAGAGCUACCACCUCUCAAAUUACAUCCAGAUGCUUGGCCUCUUUUGUGUCUCGCAUCUCAAUUUUCGGAGCGAGUCUAUCAAAAGCCCGUUGGGGCCGAACGUCUGACCCAUGUUGAGGCAAGUUUGCGAAAAGGAACCAAGGCAAUGGUAAUCAAGUCUGUCCCCGUCGACGACGUUCAAACCAUUGUCUUUGCGAUCCGUGGCAGUCAGACAUUCUUAGACUGGGCUGUCAAUCUACAGACAGCCCCGGCAUCACCUGUACGAUUCUUAGACGACGCUACUAACCUCUGCCACCAAGGUUUUCUCGCCGUCGCACGCAAAAUGGUAUCCCCGGUAGCAGCACGCCUUCGGGCUCUUCUCGAAGAAGAUCCAAGUCGAAGCCAAUGCUCGCUACUCAUCACGGGCCAUUCUGCCGGAGGCGCGGUAGCCUCUCUCCUGUACGCGCACAUGUUGGCCCAGAACGUAAACUCUGAGCUGGACUUUGUUAAAAACUGCUUCCAAUGCAUCCACUGCAUUACCUUUGGCGCGCCUCCCGUCUCUCAAAAACCAAUUACCAAACCUGAUCAACCCACAGUUCUCAACAAUUCCGUACCUGCCACAUCUUCCAUCAAUUCCGGCAAGUCUCAUCGUCAACCACCACACAUUCCCUGGCUCAACGAAUCUCUCUUCCUCUCGUUCAUCAACGAAGGCGAUCCCGUCGUGCGCGCCGACAAAGCAUAUGUUCGGUCCUUGGUCGAUUUAUAUCUCACGCCCAUACCGGCAGCGCUGGGAGGGACAUGUGUCGCAGACAUUGUCCAACCUGUCGCCAAUACACUUCGACUGAAUCGCCUACCUAAGCUUCCUUCCUCUUUAGACCUGCGUAUAUCCUCGGGUUCUACUCAUCCUCAUCGUCAACCUCCCAACGCCCGGAUGAGCCAGACACGCGUCCGCACGCUCACCUGGCAGCUCCCUCCGCCGCUCCUAUGCAACGCAGGAAUGCCUGUAUUAUUACGAGACGACAAAGGUGGAUCACUAAAUGACUCUCAAGAGAACAGCAUACAUGCAUAUGCGGCGUAUGUAAUAUCCACGCAGCAGCUGCGAGGCGUCGUUUUUGGCGAUCCAAUGAUGCAUAUGAUGACUGAAUACGCAAAGCGGAUAGAUACUAUGGCGACAAGUGCAGUCAUUUCUGCAUUGGGUUAUUAACUUGUUUUUUAAACCAUUUAAAGGCCUAUAGUAUAGAAAGGCCCAUUAGAUAGCGACAGUAAUACAGUAUAGAAAGUUACAUACACGCAAUACGACAAGACAGGGGGAUAUCGAAGAACGAAAGAAAUAAGUGCAAUAAAAAAGCAACAAACAUUUGCAGGCAGGCCAGGCCAGGCCAGGCCAGACCAGGUUAGUCUAGGUUUUGUGAAAGUGCAAUCCCGAGAGUGUGGAG